ACCCCCAGAUGGGCCCUGUGCAUCUCUCACUGGCGAAGGGAAAACCAUUCAAAUGCCCUUGGCUCGGUUGCCCAAACUCCUUCACACGGGAGUCCAACUGCCACCGACACCUCCAGUUGCACGUCCCACCUCGCUUCAGAUGUGAUCAAUGCGGCAAAUUUCUGAGUCGCCCCGACUCACUGAGGAGGCAUCAGAUUCUCAUGGCCUGCGGGAAACGAUCCCGCUUCGUGCGGAGGCGAGGCAAAAGAGAUUCGAGUGGGAGAAUGGGCAAGAAUUCUGUUUGGCCUCCAGCGGAAACUCAGAGAACGCAAGAGAGAGCCGAAAGCGAGAUACGGAGCCCACAGUCGCAAGAGCGUCACGGUAUGCCGACAUCGGGCUGAUCAAAGCCAUCUCCUCGCGGACCGCGCUGCUUGAUGGAUGGAACUCCGCUCUACGCAUGAAGAUGCAUGACUGAGGUGGCCAAUUGAAGAAGUUGAUGAGCAUGGAGUGUACCGUGAGCUAUGCACCGAAUGUACAACACGAAGAGGAUAUGCUGAGACUGUUUUGGAAAG